AGUGUACAUGAAACAUAAGUAUUAUGUGGGAGUGGAAAGAUGAAUGAUAGGAAUGCGAGCCUGAUUGGUUGUUUCAGACAAGUGUAUUAACCGAAAGUGUCAAGUACAUAAGGUUGUGUAGCACAACGUGUCGAUGAUCGAGGAAGGUUUUUAUCGAAAUUUCUUUCAAGCAAUACGCAGUACCUGCCGGUGUUGUCAUUAAUCAGUAUUUCAUGUGUUCACUACCUCUUAGUCUUCAUUUUUCUUAGAUAUUGAAAUAUAUAUUUGACAAUUUAUUUUAAAGUAGUUUGUGUUAAUUAUUUAUAAAUUACAAAAUGAAUGCUACUAGUGUCAUUGAGUUAAUGGACGAUAUUGUAUUGGAAAAGAAACACGUGGAAAAGAAUAACACAAAUGUAUCGUUGAAAAACAAAAAUAAAAAUGAUGGUCCACAUGUUCCAAGGCAACUGAAAGUAGAACUACAAACCUUAAGAAUAUCAGAAGAAUCUGAACGUUUAUUGUAUGAUACUUUAAAAAAUAUUUAUGGUUCUAGUUUUAAGUUUUCGGAUGUAUCAGAAUUUGAAAAUAAAAGGUCCAAUUUAAGCAAAAAUUAUUGGGUAAAAAGGGCUAAUUUAGUUAUUAAAGGAAUAGUUGAUUAUUCUUCUAAAGAUAAUACACCUGAAAUUGAAGGACAAGUUAUUAGACAAUUUGCAGCAUUCACACUUGAAAAUUAUGGUUUCCAUCGACCUCAUUGUAUUGAGGCAUUAUUACAUACAGGGGGUGAUGUAGGAAAAUCUUUAGAAGUAUUAUUUUACAAAUAUUAUGGAUUAGAAAAUGUCACAAAAAAUAAAAUACCUGAUGAUAUUGAUACAACAGAUUUAUUGGAAAGAAGAAAAGAGGAAAAAGAAGCAUUAGAAUCUAUUUAUGAACAUAUGUUUAAUGAAAAAGUAAAAAAUCAAGUUUGGGUUGUACAAGUUAAAUUAGACUAUUUAGUAAAAAAUGAUGAAGUAGAGCAAGAAAUCCAGAAGAUUAAGAGAAAACAAGAAAAGCAAAAGGAGAGAGAAAUUUGCAAAUUAUUUAUUCACAAAAAAUGUAGAUUUGGAGAUAAAUGUAAAUUUUUACAUCAGCAAGUAGAGGCGUUAAAAAUACCUGAAAGAGAUGACCCAUUAUUUACGCUGGAAAUAAGAUUCCCUGAAGGUUGUAAAUAUCCUUAUGAACCACCUUAUUUUUAUAUUUAUAAAAAUAGUGGUACCUAUCCAAAUAUAAAUUGUUUAAGAAUAGCAAGAAGGUUGUAUGAUGAAGCAUCCCGAAUAUCUACAGAUGGAACACCUUCUAUUUUCUCAGUAAUAUCUCUUUUAGAAAAUGAAUAUGAUAUAAAAGGGUAUUUAGAAGAAAAUAAAGAACAAUUUCCAGAUCAAAUUGAAUUAUUAUUUCAAAAAGAUGAAAAUGAAGAUGAAGAAAAUGCAGCUACUCAUUAUAAAUUAGGAUCUGUAUAUAGGAAAAGUAGAAAUAAUGAUAAUUGGGAUGAAAUAUUAAAAAUAGAUGAUCUAAUUGAAAAGAACUUUAAAGAGCAACAAUCGAAUCCCAAAUAUAAAAAGAUGAAAGAAGAUAGGAAAAAGCUUCCUGCAUGGUCAAAAAUGAAUGAAAUUUUAGAUUUGAUACAGAAGAAUCAAGUUGUCAUAAUUUCAGGUGAAACCGGAUGUGGUAAAAGUACACAGGUGCCACAAUUUUUAUUAGACGAUUGGAUUCUUAACAGAUCCAAGUCUAAAGAACGUAUUAAUAUAAUAUGUACACAGCCACGAAGAAUAAGUGCAAUAGGAGUAGCAGAAAGAUGCGCUGCAGAAAGAAAUGAACGCAUAGGUGAUACAAUUGGUUAUCAAAUACGAUUAGAAAAUAAAAUUUCUGAUAAAACCAAAGUAUUGUUUUGUACAAUAGGAAUUUUUUUACAAAGAUUUUCUCAUAUAUCAGAUGUUACACACGUUAUAGUAGAUGAGGUGCAUGAAAGGAGUGCAGAAAGCGACUUUUUAUUGAUGCUGUUAAAAGAAUUAUUGCCCAAAAGACCAAAUCUGAAAGUAAUACUAAUGAGUGCAACGUUUAAAAGUGAAAUGUUUUCUACGUAUUUUAAAGGAGCUCCUAUUCUACAUAUUCCAGGAAAAAUGUUUCCUGUAGAACAAAUUUUUUUGGAAGAUGUAUUUGAAAAAACAAAUUAUAUUUUAGAAGAAAAUUCGAAAUUUACUCGUAAAAUUAAAGGUGAUUGGGAGCAAUUGCAAAUUGAUUUAGAAACUGCAGAAAUUCAAAGUUUCUCCACUGUUAAACAAUCUAUCGAAGAUGAAAAUCUAUCACUAACGCAGAUUAUCAAUAGAUAUCAAGAUUAUAAUAAGCAAACGCAUAAAAAUUUAUACAUUAUGGAUCAUAAUAAAAUUAAUUUUGAACUUAUAGAAACAGUACUAGAAUGGAUUAGUUUUGGUAAACAUAAUUACUCUAAAACAGGUUCCAUCUUAGUAUUUUUACCGGGAUUAGCUGAAAUUAUUGAAUUAAGAAAGCGAUUGAAUAACAAUAGAAAUUUCUGUCCAAAGACUGGAAAAUUUACUAUUAUACUGCUACAUUCAUCUUUAUCCAAAGAAGAACAAAACUUAAUUUUUAAAAAAACUGACGCUAGGAAAAUUAUAUUAAGCACAAAUUUAGCUGAAACGUCUAUCACUAUAAAUGAUUGCGUUUUUGUAAUUGAUAGUGGAAAAAUGAAAGAGACUAGAUUUAAUUCUAGUCAAAAUAUGGAAAGUUUAGAAACAUGUUGGGUUACACAAGCAAAUGCGUUACAAAGAAAAGGUCGUGCUGGGCGCGUAAUGCCUGGAAUAUGUGUUCAUUUAUAUACUUCGUACAAAUUUAAGUAUCACUUUUUAACACAACCAGUACCUGAAAUAUUACGAAUCCCUUUAGAAUCACUACUAUUACGUAUUCAACUUUUACAUACAGGAAAAAAAGUUGAUUUAUAUGAAGUUUUAGGCAAAAUGUUGGAACCACCAACAAAAGAAAGUAUCUGUAGUGCAAUUAAGCGUUUACAAGAUGUUGGGGCAUUUGAUUCAGAACAUAUGUUAACUCCAUUAGGUCAUCAUCUUGCAGCAUUGCCUGUAAAUAUACGUAUUGGUAAAUUAAUAUUAUUCGGCGUGAUCUUCUGCUGUCUUGAUUCUGCACUUACUAUAGCAGCUUGUUUAUCUCAUAAAAACCCAUUUACUAUACCUUUUGAAAAAAAAAAUAAAAUUGAUGUAAAACAACAAUUUUUUACUGCCAAUUCUGAUCAACUAACUAUUUUGAAAGCCUAUAAGAAAUGGGUUCAAGCACGUACGCGCAGCAGUAGUGCAGGCCAAGCUUUUGCAAAUGAAAACUAUUUAUCUCUGCAGGCUUUAUAUGCCUUAGCAGAUAUAAAGUAUCAAUUAUUAGAAUUAUUAGUUUCAAUUGGUUUUGUCCCUAUUAAUUUACCCAAGCGACAACCAAAUGUUGAUAAAAUUAUGGAAAUUACUGGAUCUGAACUUAACAUUAAUAAUGACAAUUAUAAACUUCUUCAAGGUUUACUUUGUGCAGCUUUAUAUCCUAAUAUAGCUAAAGUUUUUACACCAGAAAAAUCCUUUCAAGUUCAGUCUACUGGAGCAGUUCCAGUACAGCCAGACCCCAAACAUAGAUUGCUCCAAACUAAAAAUAAUGAUUUCGUUAAUAUCCAUCCAUCUUCAGCCAAUUUUCAUGUUAGUAACUUACCUAGUCCAUAUUUAGUAUUUCAAGAAAAAGUUAAAACAAAUAAAAUAUUUAUUAAAGAGGUAUCAGUGGUACCAAUUUUACCGUUAUUAUUAUUCUCUAAUUAUGAAUUAAAAAUAGAACUGCAUGAUGGAAUAUUUAUUGCAUCACUAGAAGAUGGUUGGAUUUUAUUUAGUAUUGAACAUCACAGGGUCGCACAACUUUUACAAAGAAUGAGAAUAGAAUUACACAAGUUGUUAGAACAAAAAAUGAAGGACCCUCUUUUGAAUCUAUUAAACUACCAAAAUGGAAAAAAAAUUAUUCAAACAAUUGUGAAUGUAGUUACAAGAGAAUAAAUUAUGCCUUACCAUUAAUUUUAUACUUUUUUCCAUUUUUUAAAAUUUUUUAAUAUUAAAAAUCUUUAAAAAAAAUAAAUAUUUUACUAUAGUAUAUUAAUUUUGACUAUACUUACAUGACUAUAUUGACUAAACAUGUAUAUAUGUGUAUAUAAUAUAUAUAACGUAUAUGUAUAUAGAACUAUUGUUAUUUUGAAUAAAUUUAAAUAAUUUUAAAUAUGAAGAUGCAUCCAAAUUAUCCAAGAUUGCCAUCGAUCCUUAGAUCAACUGUUAUAGCAAUCAUUGGAACUUAUAAAUAUCAAAUUUAUGGAUAUUGAAUAAAUCGCACUGCAGGGAUGCGGGCACCAAAUGAAAUCAUCAUAGUGUUCGUAAAGAGACACCUAGGAAUUAAAUGACUUACUCGAUUUAGUAUGCAUAAACCUCUCAGUGUCGCCCGAUUCCAAAACGUGGGAUGUGAAGUUUUUUUUCAAGUUCUUAUUAAUCGUAACUUGUAAUUUAAAAUAAAAUUAUGAUGGAUACGGAAGAUAUUGUAAUAGAAAAGAUAAUUCAUCAACAUACAAAAAAAAUAUACAAAUUAACAUUAAUGAGACAAAUCAAUGCACAGAUGAUCAUGAAAUAGUUAUAAUUAAUAAUGUAGAAACUGAACAAAAUUCUAAUAAAAAAGAUAACCUAAAUGAACUAGAGAACAAAUCAGCUGUGGUAUCAAAUAUUGAACAAAAUGAGAUAUUUAUCAACAAUAGUAACAAAAAUCAGGACAAAGAUAUAAUAUUAGAAAACUUAAAACAGAAGAAAGAUGAUGACAUUUAUAUCAUACAUGAAGUAAACACAAUAUCAUCAGCUCAAAAAAGUGAUAAAGUGUCUUCCCUUGUUAGUAUUGCCCUAGAAUAUGGAGAUUCUGAUUCAGAAACAGAAUGUAAUAUUGAUGAGAUUAAUUGUGAUAACAAUCAAAGUCAACCUUUGAAAGAAAUACAAAUGCAAACUUAUAGACAAAAUAAAGAAGUAUCAUCCAGUGAAGAAAGUGAUACUGAAGAUUCUAGUGAUUCUUCAGAAAUAGAGUCAAUUGAAUCUGAUGAUGAUAUUUUAAGCAAGAAGAACAAAGGAAACAGUGAAAGAGGACAAAAGAAUAACGAAAUAAAAAGUGAGUUAGAUGAUCUACCUCCUAUUGAAGAUUUAAAAAUUAGUGUCCCUGAAGUAUUAUGCGAUCCAUUAGGAGAGGUUGCUUGGAUGGUUGAACAGUUAGUUGUUGUAAAACCAAAACCUGGUAAACCAACAUUGAAUUUAGAUACAAUUUUAUUUGUUGACAAAGGACAAAGAACAUUGGGAAAAAUAUUUGAUGUUUUUGGACAAGUGAAUGAACCUCAUUAUUGUGUAAGAUUCAACAGCUCUAAACACAUAACAGAAUGUAACAUUACAGUAGGAAUGAACGUUUAUUAUUGUCCAAAUACAGAAUAUACUUCUUUAGUAUUCUUGCAUGAAUUAUUAAAAAUUAAGGGUAUUGAUGCAAAUGCAGAUGAUCCCCCAGAGUUUUCAGAUGAUGAAGAAGAACGGGUUUAUUAUGAACAACAAAAAGCAAAACAAACAAAUAAUACUGAUCAAACUGAUAUUCCAUUUAAACGAAAGCAUACUUCAAAUAAACCUGCUACUGGCUGGCAGUCAAAUCAUCCAUGGAAUAGAAAGAUGCAGAAUCAAAGAAGAGGAUUUUAUGGACGAUUUCCUUCUAUGCAAACAAAAAACCAGUCCCAAAAUUUAUGGUCACAAUUUUAUCAAAAUAGGAACGAACCAUAUGAACAUGGAAUGCAUUCAUUGCAAUAUAUGCAAUAUAUGAACUAUAAUAGUGGUGUUAAUCAAAACUUUUAUGGCUCACACAAUUAUUAUAAUGAAAAUGCUGCUUCAACAUAUCUAAAUCCUAAAAUUCCUUUCAAUUCAUGUCAAAGAAUUCCUCCACCAGGUUAUAUAACACCACAGAAUCAUCCAAGUUCAUCUACAAACGUAAGAUUUCAACCUAGAAACAUAUCUUGGCUACCACAAAUGCCACAAGUUCCUAUUAGAAUGAAAUUACCAUGGAUACCUGUACCACCAUCUCCACCCCUUCCACCAACUUCGUCAUCGUCAAAUAUUUAAAUAUUGGUAAUGUAAUUAUUUAUGUCAUUUUUUAAUUUAGUUUUAUAUUUAUAAAUAUUUCGAAAAUAAAAGAGAAAUAAUUAUAUGUAUAUUAAAAAUAAUACAAAUAAUUGACACAUAUAUGUAAUGACUUAAAACUAUUCUUAUAGAUUAAUUAGUAAACUAUGAGCUAUAACAAAUUGUAAGUUUAUAUUAUUUUUUUAUAUAGCGAAGAAAUAUAAAAAUAUGUAUAAAAUGUUUCCAUAAUUACCGUUAUUUACAAUAUAAAUUACAUUACAUUGUAUAAUUGCAUUAUUCUUUUAAAAAUGUAUUAUCUUUAUAAGCCAUCAUAUCUGAUUUUUGUAACUGUUCUUCAGCAACUGCUAUAUCAUUUUUUAUUGCUUGAAUCAAUUCCUCUGAACACUGUCUUUUUCUCAUUUUUAUAAAAUGGAUUCCAACCAAUACUGGCAACCAUUUUAUAAGUUUGUUUAUUUAUGGUAGCCCAUCCAUAAUAAAUUCCAGUAGUAAGAUCAUGAGGUAAAGUAUCUACUACCUUGUCUUCAAGAUUUGCUGUUGGUAUUCCUAAAGCUUUAGAACCUCUGCCAAAUCCCCUAACCACCAACCCUGAUAAAAAAUAUGGCAGGCUUUUAGUACACAUAAUGAAUUUUGAUGUCGCGUCAGACUUGUAACUUGUAACUUGUAACAGUUGUCAGAUGUAGGGGAAACAUGGCGGCGUAAGGAUUUCGUAGUAGGCAGUAGUAGAAGGAAGAAUAGAACCGUGGUGGUGGACUUUACGGUCCAAUCCGCGGCGAUAUUUUGUUAUUAAUUACUAUUACUAUCAUGACGUAAUUACUAUUCUAUCAUAAUUCAUUGCAUGGUUAUCUAGUUCCUAUCGAUAAGAGAUUUUCUGAUUCUGGAAGCUCUGCUUGUAACUAUGCUUCAUAAUAUAUAAUCUUGAAGAAAGAUAAAGCGUCUGUUAUACGUGACAUAUUUAUAUACUAUUUGGAAUCAUAUUUAUGAAAUAAAUUAAUUACUUUUAAAACAAAUUAUCUAGCAUGUACUUGUAUGAGAUAAAAAUUAUAUAAAAUUACAAAUAUACUUAUGGAAAACUUGUCCUGUUCUAGAAUUCUGUCCAAAUUAAUUAAUCAUUAUGUGUUGUGAAUUAUCUAUAGG